AUGUUAAUUGAAGUAGAUAAGUAUAAAUAAUAUUGAUUAUUUUAAAGUAAAUAAAGUAUGUAUUAGAAGACAUCUUAAAAUUAAAAGAUUUUCAACAAUCAAUAUUAAAUAGUAAAAAAACUUUCAUCAGGUUCAUUUGGAGUAGUAUUUUCGGGAAGCGACUUGCUGACAAAACAAGAAGUGGCAAUAAAAAUUGAGAAAGAAGAAAAUGAGGAAGUUCGUUCACUUGAAAGGGAAGUGUAGAUUCUUAAAUAAUUAGAUGGAGCUGAGGGAUUUCCUAAAUAUUAUUGGUCCGGUGAAGAAUAAGGUUAUAACAUUUUGGUAUUAUAAUUGUUGGGGAAAGACUUAGCUUAUCAUUUUAAGCAAUUAAAGAAGUUUUCAUUAAAAUCAGUGUUAACAAUAGGAAUAUAGGUUAUCUAGAUUUUAGAGCGAUCUCAUUAGAAAGGGGUUUUACAUAGAGACUUAAAACCAGAAAAUAUAAUUUUAGGGAUUGGUAGAGAGAUCUCAAAAUUAUACUUGAUAGAUUUUGGGAUAAGUAAAAUAUAUAGAGAUUCUUAAGGGAGACAUAUGUAAGAUAGAGAAAUUAAUAGUUAGAACUUUUAAGGAAUACAAAUCUUUUAUAGGAACUACAAGAUAUGCAUCAAUAACAGCUCAUUUGGGAUAUGAAUUAGGAAGAAAAGAUGAUUUAGAGUCAUUAAUGUAUAUAUUGCUUUACUUUUUACGUGGGUAUAAAAUUAUUUAGUAAUAAUUAAGAUAAUUACCAUGGUAGAAUAUGCUUAAUGUUACUGAUGAUGAAAGAACAAAGAAAGUUGGUGAAAUGAAAUUAUCACUCGAAAAUGAAUUAUUUAAGGAUUAGACAGGAGAAUUUUAAAGAGUAUUUGAGUAAAGAAAUUAAUUAGAUUUUAUAGCUACAUUAGAAAAUUACAAUUCAAAUAAGAACCUAAUUAUAAGAUGAUCUUAAAAGAAUUCAAAAGAGCUGCAGAUUCGACAAAUACUGUUAUAGAUGGUAAGUUUGAUUGGACUGAAAUUAAGUAAUCUACACAUUAUUAUACUGAUACAAAUUAAAAUCUUGGUAGUAAUAACAAUAUUCCUCUAAAUUCUAAUGAAAUGAAACAGUCUAUUGAAAAAUAAUUAUCAGGUCUUGUUUAAUUUGGGUAUAAUUUAAUUAUUAUUCAGUUCUAAUAAUCUUUUAGCUCCUCCUCCUAUAGGUUCUGCUCGUAAUUCAAUCUAAAGAGAUGAUAUUAGAAAGAAUUCAAGUCUUACUUAAUAAACUAGCAUUAAUUAUUGCUAAUCUCUUAAUCCUAAUUAUUAGAAAUCUAUUUGUGAAGAACCAUUAAAUAAUGAAUAAUAAAAAUAUUAUGAUUUUGACAGUCUUGAAAUCAAUGAAAAUUAAAAAACAGAUAGUUCUCUCCACUAUAAAUAUGAUAAGAUUAAAAUGGGAAUUACAGUGUAUUUUAUUUAUAAUUAUUUUCGAAGGCAUUUUCUCCCUAAAACAAUAAAACUUAAAUGA